AAAAUCUUCAUUGUUGUAAACAUUCAUUGCAAGAAACGUUCAGGAAGUCAUGGAUGUUGCAGAGCAGGCAGUCGUUACAAAUCAAGUCAAAGAUCAGAUUGGAGAAAGAUGCCAAAAACUCUUUCAAGACUUUUUAGAGGAAUUUCAAGUUGACGACCAACAAAAGUAUUUAUCAGAAGUUCAGGAGUUAAUCAGACCUGAAAGGAACACAUUGACUGUUAGUUAUGAAGACGUGGAGAAGUUCAACCAACAAUUGGCUGUAACGAUACUGGAGGAAUAUUACAGAGUUUACCCCUAUCUGUGUAGAGCAGUCAGAAAUUAUGCCAAGGAUUGGGGACAAAUUCCACCUGCAAAAGAGUUUUAUGUUAGUUUUACAGAUGUGCCUACCAGACUAAAAGUGAGAGAACUGACAACAGCAAAGAUAGGAACCUUGUUAAAAAUUACUGGUCAAGUUGUACGAACCCACCCUGUCCAUCCAGAACUGGUCAGUGGAACUUUCAUGUGCCUAGAUUGCAGAACUAUUAUAAAAGAUGUGGAACAACAAUUUAAAUAUACACAGCCCUCAAUUUGUCGGAAUCCAGUUUGUAAUAACAGGUCACGGUUCAUGCUUGAUGUAAACAAGUCAAAGUUUGUGGAUUUCCAGAAAGUCAGAAUACAGGAAACACAGGCUGAGCUGCCAAGAGGGAGUAUUCCUAGGAGUGUUGAAAUUGUCCUACGAGCUGAGGCAGUGGAAACAGCACAGGCAGGAGACAAGUCAGAUUUUACAGGAACUCUUAUUGUGAUACCAGAUGUAGCUACAAUGGCUGCCCCAGGUGCCAGAGCCGAGACCUCAUCUCGAGUGAAGGGUGCAUCAGGAUAUGACACAGAAGGAGUUAGAGGAUUAAAAGCAUUAGGAGUCCGAGAUUUGACAUACAAAAUGGCUUUCUUAGCAUGUAAUGUGUCAUCCAGUAACCCAAGGUUUGGCGGACGAGACAUGAGAGAUGAAGAAAUGACUGCAGAAACUAUUAAGAAACAAAUGACAGAUGAAGAAUGGCAGAAAGUUUAUGAAAUGAGUUUAGACAAAAGUUUAUAUACUAACCUAUGUACGAGUUUGUUUCCUACUAUACAUGGAAGUGAUGAAAUCAAAAGAGGAAUUUUACUGAUGUUGUUUGGAGGUGUUCCUAAGGUUACAAUGGAAGGAACAAAUCUCCGUGGUGAUGUAAACAUUUGUAUUGUGGGGGAUCCAAGUACUGCUAAGAGCCAGUUCCUAAAGCAGGUGGAGGAGUUUAGUCCAAGGGCUGUAUACACCAGUGGAAAGGCUAGCAGUGCUGCUGGUUUGACUGCAGCUGUUGUUAAAGAUGAGGAAUCUUAUGAGUUUGUGAUUGAAGCUGGUGCCCUUAUGUUGGCAGAUAAUGGUGUCUGUUGUAUUGAUGAAUUUGAUAAGAUGGACCCUAAAGAUCAGGUGGCUAUACAUGAAGCCAUGGAACAACAGACCAUCUCAAUAACAAAAGCUGGAGUCAAGGCUACACUGAAUGCAAGAACCUCUGUGUUGGCAGCAGCUAAUCCUAUUGGUAGUAGAUAUGACAGGUCAAAGUCACUGAAGCAGAACAUUUCCUUAACAGCACCAAUCAUGUCUCGAUUUGAUCUAUUCUUUAUUCUUGUAGAUGAAUGUAAUGAGGUUGUAGAUUAUGCUAUUGCCAGAAGAAUUGUAGAUCUACACAGUCGAGUCGAUGAAUCUGUUGAAAGAGUUUAUUCUGUGGAAGAUAUUACAAGAUACAUCAUGUUUGCCAGACAGUUUAAACCAAAGAUAAGUAAAGAUGCUCAAGAAUAUAUGAUAGAAGAAUAUAAACGUUUACGGCAGCGUGAUGGCACAGGAGCAGCAAAGUCAGCUUGGAGGAUAACCGUGAGACAAUUAGAAAGUAUGAUCCGUUUAUCAGAGGGCAUGGCACGACUGCAUUGUCAGGAUGAGGUUCAACCAAAGCAUGUUAAAGAAGCUUUCCGUCUUCUGAACAAGUCCAUCAUUCGUGUGGAACAACCAGACAUACAUUUGGAAGAGGAGGAAGAGGAAACUGAAGAGGAUGUAGAAAUGGAAGAAGCCACACCGACUCCAGCAGAGCAGACACCAGCAGCUCAACCAGAUAAUCAGCCAAAGAAAGGACUAAAACUGUCUUACGAGGACUACAAACAUCUAGCCAAUUUACUGGUGCUUUAUCUGCGUAGACAGGAAGAAGAGACAAUGAAUGAAGACUCGCAAGGUAUCAGAAGAAGUGGGGUAGUUGAAUGGUACCUGAGGGAAAUGGAAGCUGACAUAGAUUCAGAAGCCGAAUUAAUUGAAAGAAAAACAAUUGUGGAAAAAGUUAUAGACAGACUUGUCCAGCAUGACCAUGUGUUAAUAGAGUUGAAACAGACCGGAUUAAAAACAAGUGAAGGAUUAGUUAGAGAAGAUGAUCCAUUCUUGGUUGUCCAUCCGAAUUAUGUUAUUGAUUCGUGAGAUUGUUCCAGUAAAUUGAUUUAUUAGACGAGUAUAAUGAAAUUUGAGGUCAUAAAAUAAUGGAUUUCAUUUUUUUUUUAAAGUGCUUUGUAUAAGAAGGUAAAAUUGAUUUAAACCUGUUAAUCAAAAAAAUGGAUUUCAAAAGAAGGUUAUUAGAAUUGAUUUGAAUAGAAACAUUAAUUAAAAAAGUUAAUAAUAAACCUGCAUCAUCAGACUAGAGUUUAUACAUACAGUGAAAAUAUAUAAGGGAAGGAGUGACCAAAAUUAUAUACCUGUCCUGUUUAUAACUUGGAAUAUUUUUUGAGGAGAUCUUUUUUUGAAAGAUUUUUCAUUUUAGGCAUUGAUUAUUUAUACUGUAGUAAUAAUUUUUUAAUUGAGCAAACGUUUGUUGAUAUUUGCAAAAAAAAAAAAAUAUAUGUAAAAUUAGCUAUUCUUGUUAAGAGAUGAAAUAUUUCUAAUAAUUUGUCUUAAUGGAGAAAAAAAUGUGAUGUUCAGGUCACCUGACUGACUAUCAUUUUUUACCCCCACCAAACAAAAAAGAAUUAAGAAAAUGAACUUAAAUUAUAAAUCUAGGUCCAGAAGUCUCAUAACUUAAAUACCACACAAUUCUGCGACUUUUCACAAAAUAUUUUAUGAUUAAAAUUGAUCGCAAGUUAUACUGAAAUGUUCAUGACUUACAAGUAUAAGAUUUUUUGCGAUAAGAGCCCCUGUCUUGGCCAUAAUUAAGCAGGGCUUUCACAUUCUU